CUCCAUAACUGCCACCGCCUUUUUUCAAACUAACUCUCUCUCUCUCUCUCUCUCUCUACUCUCUCUCUCUCUCUCUGCAACUCGCUCAACCUACAAUGGCGGCCUCCGUCGCCUUCAUGAAACCACCAGCUGCAUACACAACCAACGAUACAUUUUCAUCUUCUUCUCCGGUGUCAACAAACCACCACGAAACCACUGACUCUUCUUCUUUCUCCAAGUCCCGAUUCGAAGCCUACAACCGCCUUCAGUCUGCCGUCGUCGCAUUCGGAGAAAAGCUUCCUAUUCCUGAGAUCGUUGCACUCGGAGGUCAAUCGGACGGUAAAAGCUCGCUUCUAGAAGCUCUUCUUGGUUUCCGAUUCAAUGUACGCGAGGUCGAAAUGGGCACCCGCCGCCCACUCAUACUCCAGAUGGUCCAUGAUCCUACCGCUCUUGAUCCUCGGUGCCGGUUUCAGGAGGAAGAUUCUGAAGAAUAUGGCAGGCCUAUUGUGUUAUCAGCAGAAAUUGCAGAUACCAUCAAAUCAAGAACUGAGGCACUCUUAAAGCAGACUAAAACUGCUGUCUCUUCUAAACCGAUUGUGAUGAGAGCCGAGUAUGCCCAUUGUCCCAAUCUCACCAUUAUCGACACUCCGGGAUUUGUUCUCAAGGCGAAAAAGGGCGAACCAGAAAGCACACCAGAAGAAAUUCUCUCAAUGGUGAUAUCGUUAGCUAGCCCACCUAAUCGCAUCCUUUUAUUCCUUCAACAAAGUAGCGUGGAGUGGUGCUCGUCUUUGUGGCUGGAUGCCAUUCGUAACAUUGAUCCAACCUUUCGAAGAACAUUAAUUGUCGUCUCCAAGUUUGAUAACCGACUCAAGGAAUUUACUGAACGAUGGGAGGUGGAUCGAUACUUGAGUGCAAGUGGUUACCUUGGAGAGAAAACACACCCGUUCUUCGUGGCCCUACCUAAAGAACGAACUGAAGUUUCAAACGAUGAAUUUAGGAAGCAAAUAUCUCAAGUGGAUUCAGAUGUUUUACGCCACCUGAAAGAAAACGUCAAAGGCGGAUAUGAUGAAGAAACAUACAAAUCCCACAUAGGUUUUGGUCGUCUGAGAGAUUAUUUGGAAUCCGAGCUUCAAAAGAAAUACAAAGAAGCUACACCCGCAACGUUAGCUUUGCUUGAGCAACGUUGCAGUGAAGUGACUGCUCAAUUAAACAUCCUGGACUCCAAAAUACAAGCAACUUCUGAUGUGGCUCACCUCAGACGAUCUUCAAUGUCGUUUGCAUCCUCCAUCUGCAACCAUGUGGGAGCAUUGUUAGACGGAGCGGCAGAUCCUGACCCCGAGCAAUGGGGGAAAACAACCGAAGAAGAAAAAUCAGAAUGUGGUAUGGGGAGUUGGCCCGGAGUAAUUUCUAAUAUAAAACCGCCGAAUUCCACCAUGCGCCUUUACGGUGGUGCUGCUUUUGAAAGAGUUAUGCAUGAAUUUAGAUUGGCUGCUUAUUCCGUUGAAUGCCCUACUGUUUCAAGGCAGAAGAUGACAAAUAUAAUACUUGCACAUACUGGAAGAGGAGGUGGAACGAGAAUCGCAGAGGCUGCUGCAGAGAUCGCGCGUGCGGGUGCCAGAUCAUGGCUUGCACCGCUUCUUGAUAUUGCGUGUGAACGACUUGCUUUUGUGUUAAGAAACCUGUUUGAUCUUGCCAUGGAGAGGAAUCAAGAACUUCUCCUUGAUUGUGGGAAGAAAACUGGGGAUAUGGAUGGGUAUGUCGGUUUUCAUGCUGCGUUAAGGCGUUCUUACAAUUGUUUCAUACAAGAUCUUGCAAAACAAUGCAAGCAACUCGUUCGACAACACUUGGAUUCGAUCACAAGCCCGUAUUCUCAAGUGUGCUAUGAGACUGAUCUCUUGUAUGGGCCAGGCCCAAACUCGACUUUUGGUUACCAGACAUCAUGCCUUGAGUUAUCAGAUCAAGAAAACAUACCUCCAGUAAAUAACAAUAAUAAUAAUAAUAAUAAUAAUAAUAAUAGUAAGAAGGAUCAAGAAGCAACAACCUAUGAGCUCCUAAAAGCAGCAGCAAACGAACAUGGAAAUUUGAUUGAAGAUGGAGCAAGAAAACGCCAUCCCAGAAUACUAGGUGAAAACAAAAUGUUGGGCAAUGUGGCUAGUCAAAACGGUUUGCAACAAGGAUCAACCCACAAUGAGAUAUGCUCAUUAGCCGCCCAACAUUUUGCACGUAUGCGUGAAGUUUUGGUUGAACGGAGUGUAACUGCAGCUUUGAAUUCAGGAUUUCUAUUACCAUGCCGUGAACGUCUUCUGGUAGCAUUGGGACUGGACUUAUUUGGUGUAAGAGAUGAUAAAUUCAUGGAUAUGUUUGUUGCACCUGGAGCAAUUGAAAUUCUUCAGAAUGAAAGGGAGUCUCUUCGGAAGCGCCAGAAGAUAUUAGAUUCUUGUUUGGCUGAGUUUAAGUCGGUAGCAAUAUCCCUUUAAUGAGAGGAAUUGCUUUUAUCUUGUGAGCAAAUGAGUAUUUGGUUCAUCUUCCAAACAUAUCUUGACUCUCCUAUGUGAUCAUUCAUGUACGAUUUUGUGCGAAAUUACAUACAUAUCCUGACCGAUUUUCCUGGGAGAUAUUGAUAUUGGUUUCAUCUCGUGAGCAAAUGAAUAAUACAUACAUUUCUUGAUUCUCC